UGUGGGUGUAUGGAUGUUUGGCAGAAGGGGGCUGAAUCUCGAAAUGGUGAUGGAGUAGAAGAGGAAGGGGAUCAGACUGCUGCUUUAGAGCUGUGAAGCUGGUACCUCUGCCCACAAGAUGAUCGGUGGGUUAUUUGUAUAUAACCAUAAAGGUGAAGUACUGAUCUCCAGAGUGUAUAGAGAUGAUAUUGGACGAAAUGCUGUUGAUGCUUUCCGUGUCAAUGUUAUACAUGCCAGGCAGCAAGUCAGAUCACCGGUGACUAAUAUAGCAAGAACAUCUUUCUUUCACAUUAAGCGAGCAAAUAUAUGGCUUGCCGCAGUAACAAAGCAGAAUGUGAACGCUGCCAUGGUGUUUGAAUUUCUGUUGAAGAUAAUAGAUGUUAUGCAGUCCUAUUUUGGAAAGAUUUCAGAAGAGAAUAUCAAGAAUAACUUUGUGCUCAUUUAUGAAUUACUUGAUGAAAUCUUGGACUUCGGUUAUCCUCAGAAUUCAGACACAGGUGUUUUGAAAACUUUCAUAACACAACAGGGAAUAAAAUCUCAGACUAAGGAAGAACAAGCACAGAUAACAUCGCAAGUUACUGGACAGAUUGGAUGGCGUCGAGAGGGUAUAAAAUACAGAAGGAACGAAUUGUUCUUAGAUGUCCUUGAAUAUGUUAAUCUUCUGAUGUCACCACAAGGUCAAGUACUGUCAGCACAUGUUGCUGGUAAAGUAGUCAUGAAAUCUUACCUCUCAGGUAUGCCAGAAUGUAAAUUUGGUAUCAAUGAUAAGAUAGUCAUGGAAGCCAAAGGAAAAGGUCUGACUGCAGGUGGUGAUGAUCCAGCACGUUCAGGGAAGCCUGUAGUUGUCAUAGAUGAUUGUCAGUUCCAUCAAUGUGUGAAGCUAUCAAAAUUUGAGACGGAACAUUCCAUCAGCUUCAUUCCACCUGACGGAGAAUUCGAGCUGAUGAGGUACCGUACGACAAAAGAUAUCUCAUUGCCAUUCAGAGUUAUUCCUCUUGUGAGAGAAGUGGGACGUACCAAGAUGGAAGUGAAAGUUGUUCUGAAAUCUAACUUCAAACCUUCCCUUCUGGGUCAGAAGAUUGAAGUUAAAAUCCCAACACCCCUGAAUACAUCAGGUGUACAGUUAAUUUGCCUAAAAGGGAAAGCUAAGUACAAAGCAUCAGAAAAUGCAAUUGUGUGGAAGAUCAAGAGAAUGGCAGGCAUGAAAGAAACACAGUUAUCUGCAGAAAUAGAACUUCUUGAAACUGACACAAAAAAGAAGUGGACAAGACCUCCUAUAUCCAUGAAUUUUGAGGUCCCAUUUGCUCCUUCUGGCUUCAAAGUUCGGUACUUGAAAGUGUUUGAACCAAAGCUGAAUUAUUCAGACCAUGAUGUUAUAAAAUGGGUUAGAUACAUUGGGCGCAGUGGCCUGUAUGAAACACGGUGCUAAAAUUCUCAUUAAAUUUCUCAAAUGAUUAGUGGAAUAAAUUUAAUAUAUAAUACAUUCCAUAAGUGAUAUUCUGAAAUGUUAUGGAUAAACCUACAGAAAAAGCAGAAUUGUAUGUAGUACUGCUAUCAGUAAGAAGUGAAAAUGUUGAUUCUGUUCUAAGAUUAAGCAUUGUAUAUGAUCUGCUAUUGUUAAAUCAAAUAUUUUUUGGCACCUAAGCUUUCUUGCUUGAUUAUGCUUUAAUGAAUUCAGAAUUCUUGCUGUGGGGGUAAAUGCUUAGGAAUAGUAGUGAAAGCAAUCUGUAUAAAUAACAUGGAUGGACUAAAAUGAAAUACUCAUACUAUGUAUUGUUGCCAUUUUUGUAUACCAUUAUAAAUAGAUGGAAUCUAUGUACUGUAUGUGUGUGAAGUUUGAGCCUAUAGUCAGAAUGGUUUCGAACAUUUCACUUUGUUACUGGCUCAAAGAUUAAAGUGUUUGUUAUGUUA